AGUCUGGACCUCCCCUUACCAGUGCCGGUGCUUUACUCGCAUCAGUUCCUGGCUUACGGCUACAGUUUAGGCCGCGGCUCUCUCGGCAUCCACAAGCCUCCAACCCGGUCACUCCCUACCCAGUCAAUCCGAGUACAGGCUCCUGGAUUCGAUGGCUACAGGCUCAGGCUCUCAGGCCGCGGCGGCAAAGCUGAAGGCCGCCGGCAACGAGCUCUUCCAGCACGGGCGCUACGGAGAGGCGGUGGGCCGCUACUCGGAGGCCAUCGGCCGGCUACAGCAAUCUGGGAAGAAGUGGCCCGAAGAGUUGAGUGUCCUGUAUUCGAACCGAGCUGCCUGUUAUCUGAAGAUUGGAAAUUGCAGUGACUGUAUUAAAGACUGCACUGCGUCGUUGGAGCUGGUUCCCUUUGCGCUAAAGCCUUUGAUUCGUCGUGCUGCAGCUUACGAUGCCCUGGAACGAUACCGCCAGGCUUUUGUGGACUACUGGACAGCUACCCAGGUGGACGGCAGUGUUCAGGCUGCACAGGACGGCAUGAACAGAAUGAGGAAGGUGUUGAUAGACAAGGAUGGGAGCAAUUGGCGUGAUAGACUCCCUCCACUGCCAUCGGUACCUAUUGCAUUCCAGCACAACUGGAGAGCCAGCACUCCCGGAAAUGCAGGCACAAAGAAGACAAGCGUGCAGCAGAAUGGAGAUAAUUCGGCUUCCAGCAGCCUCGAACAAGCCAAGUCUCUUAAGGAAGAAGGGAAUCUGCUUGUGAAGAAGGGAGAGCACAGAAAGGCAGUGAGCAAGUACACUGCAAGUCUGAAGCUGAACAGCAACGAGUGUACCACCUACACCAACAGAGCACUGUGCUACUUGAACCUGCAGCAGUAUCACGAAGCAGAGAAGGACUGUACAGCCGCAUUGGCCUUGGACCCCCAAAACCUGAAAGCAUUUUACCGCCGUGCAAUGGCCCGAAAAGAGCUGAAGGAUUACAAGGGCAGUAGUGUUGAUCUCUGUGAGAUGCUGAAGCUGGACCCAAACAUCUCAGCUGGACAACGUCUGCUACAAGAAGUCCAGAAGCUCAUUAAGUAACAGCUCAGUAAGCCUGAGCCUUAGAAACGACCUGAGGCAAGCAGCGUGGAGCUGGCUGGUCAGAGGGAGGCCUGAACAGGCUCUGGAAGAAACUACUUGUGUAUAUAUAAUCAGUUUGUUCUGCUUCUCAAGGACCUUUCUUAAAAAAAUAACUAGCAUGACACCAAAGAGAGUAAGUAGGAUUAAACUGUAUUUGAAUUGUAUUUGGUUCAACUCAGAUUGUGUCUGUCCCCAUGCAGUUGGGACAUUGAUAAACAGCUCCCAUGCAACAGAAAUAUUUCAUAGAACUUGCUUCAGGAUCCUUCACUUGAAUUAUUAUUCCAGGGUUAGAACUACACAACCAAGAAUAUAUAAAUAUCAAUAGGCUGUUUGCAAAUUGUUUUUGAGAAGCAAUGCAAUGUUUUAGUUUCUUCUUUGUACAACUUUAUUUGGAAAACUGCAGAACCUGUUUUCCAUAGCCCCGUGUUCUCUCUAUUUCCUUCUCUCCUGGCCCCCAUGGUUUCUGGCUCUUUGCCGUGUACAAUUGUAGUUGCGUCUCCUUCCAGAAUUUGUCCCUUGUGGAUGAUUAGGACCAGCUGACCACAUGUUAGAAUAAUGGAAGGUGCAUAUUACCCAGUCACUCAAGCCUCCAGGCAUUCUAGCUCUAAUAGUGGGUCAUUGCUUGGAUCUUGUUCACUUGCUUCUUUUAAUCUCCUAUCAGCCUUGUGCUUUUACCUACCCCACCCAUCAGUAGGUUCCAGGUGGAUGAUUUGCUUGGAGAGCACACAAAUCUCUGGAGGAGCACAGCAGGUCAGGCAGCACGUUUGCAGGGGAAUAAAGGAUUGACAUUUUGCACCAAGACCCUCCAUCAGUACUGGUGUCAUUGUUUAGUAACUUGGACUAGUUCCUCAAUCACACUUUAUAGUGCACAAGGAGAGUAGCCUUGGCCCUAUCACCAAACUAAACAACGAAAUGAUGCUUUCAUAGAAAAUUGUCUAGUUAUUGACCAACUGGUAACUGUGUGCAAAUUCCUUAUUUGCAUAAUCAAUUGCCAAUAGACACUACAAGCUAACAACCAAUGAUACUUUAGAGUUAGUAAUUGUCCAGUAGUUAGUGUGUGCCUUGCAUUCUUUCUUCGUCUUGGUAUGCAGAUGCUCCAGUACCCUGCUCUACAAGAGGAAGCUAUGCUCUUGCCUGGGUUGACUGCACACAAUCUGUAAACUAUCCCUGACUGGACAUUAGCUUAGCCUUUGCCUUGUCACAACAUCAACACUGAAGAGGAAGGGGGAAGAAUUCUUGCUGCUUCCCUCUUCCUUUCCAGAUCUGAUGCGGGGUCUUGGUUUAAACAUCGAUUGUUUAUUCAUUUCUAUAGAUGCUACCUGACCUGCUCAGUUCCUCCAGCAUUUUGUGUUGUUCUGGAUUGCUAACAUCUGCAGGAUUCUGUGUUGUGCUUUCACCUUUCAUUGGAGUUUUCAUCAGAAUCUCGUGUUUAUGCUUUGAUUCUUCAUCAACUCUCCUGUAUUUAUGCUUUGACUCAUCAUCAAAUCUCUGGCGCCUUCAUUAGAAUCUCUUGUGUUUAUGCUUUGCUUGGGUGUUGAUUGUGCUAUUGGGAUGUAUUUUUUGCUGAGCCUGGUGACUAAGAACCAGUACAUAACAUACAGCAUAAAAGCAUGGGAUUAUAAAAGAUAUUACAUCAUUGUUGGAGGAAUAUCCUAAUGGGAUACAGAAUGCAGGAGGUGAAAUACAAGUCAGAGGCACUGGCAACAUGGAAUUUCCUUGGGGUUUGCUCAGUAUUUUGCCAGCAUGCAAGUGUUGAUUCAGCUGUGGAUUUAUGCUGCACACCUAUUGCUAGACAACUGGAAGAGUUUGGAGAUGGGGUCUUUUUGGGUGCCACAGUGGUAUAGCAGUUAGUGCAAUGCUCUGGAGUUCAGAGGUCAAUUUCAGCACUGUUCUCUAGGGAGUCUCUACCUCCCUGUGGAAUGCUUGGGUUUUCCCUGGAUCCUCUGGUUUCCUCCCAGAGUACAAAGAUGUACUCAGUAGGUUAAAUGAUCGUUGAAUUAGGGUUAAACAAGUUUGUUGGAGGUUAAUGCAGCAGCAUAGCUGAAAGGGCCUAGGCUAUGCUAUAUCACUGGAAAAAAAAAGCUAGAAAAUUUUAAUAUCCCCAAAAGGCCAGCACAAUAUUCUUGUCUCUCCUUCCUGCACUCCUGGGAGAAUAAAGUAGUCAUGUAUCACAUUGUUUGUAGUGUUGCAAAUGUUAAGUAUUGAGGCAAACAG